GCUGCGGCGCGGGCGGCGGCGGGCGCGCGGGCGCGUGCGGGGCGCGGGCGGCGGCGGCAUGGCGGAGAGCGAGGCCGAGACCCCCAGCACCCCGGGGGAGUUCGAGAGCAAGUACUUCGAGUUCCACGGCGUGCGGCUGCCGCCCUUCUGCCGCGGGAAGAUGGAGGAGAUCGCCAACUUCCCGGUGCGGCCCAGCGACGUGUGGAUCGUCACCUACCCCAAGUCGGGCACGAGCCUGCUGCAGGAGGUGGUCUACCUGGUGAGCCAAGGGGCUGACCCCGACGAGAUCGGCCUGAUGAACAUCGACGAGCAGCUCCCGGUGCUGGAGUACCCCCAGCCGGGCCUGGACAUCAUCAAGGAGCUGACGUCUCCCCGCCUCAUCAAGAGCCACCUCCCCUACCGCUUCCUGCCCUCCGACCUCCACAACGGUGACUCCAAGGUCAUCUACAUGGCUCGGAACCCCAAGGACCUGGUGGUGUCCUACUAUCAGUUCCACCGCUCCCUGCGGACCAUGAGCUACCGGGGCACUUUCCAGGAGUUCUGCCGGAGAUUUAUGAACGACAAGCUGGGCUAUGGCUCCUGGUUCGAGCAUGUGCAGGAGUUCUGGGAGCAUCGCGCGGACGCCAACGUGCUCUUCCUGAAGUACGAAGACAUGCACCGGGACCUGGUGACCAUGGUGGAGCAGCUGGCCAGAUUCCUGGGUGUGUCCUGUGACAAGGCCCAGCUGGAGUCCCUGGGAGAGCACUGCCACCAGCUGGUGGACCAGUGCUGCAACGCAGAGGCCCUGCCUGUGGGCCGGGGGCGAGUCGGGCUGUGGAAGGACAUCUUCACCGUCUCCAUGAAUGAGAAGUUUGAUCUGGUGUAUAAACAGAAGAUGGGGAAGUGCGACCUGGCCUUUGACUUUUAUUUAUAGUAACAGAAACAGCAAACUUGCAUGCUCACAGUACCCAGACGCUCUGCUAGCUCAAAGUCCCGUAUGCGUUCAUUUAUUCCUUGCUGGACACACUCUGGAAGCAGCGUGUAAACAACAGGAAGAACCCAGCGGAGAACCCAGAAAAGGGUGAGGAUCCCCACCCGAGGUGGCCGUCUCACCCUCAGCAUUGGCAGUCUCUGCGUGUGGACAGACCUCAUGGAGUGCAGUCCUGGUGGCUGGGCCACUGUAAGUGUGGCACCUGCACCACCCCGUGCCACUUACUGUGUUUUAUAGAGCUUUUCACUGGAAGUCUGAAUAAAUGUCAGUAAACCAAAUAGAAGUUCACUUUUGGGGGGAAGCAAGAGCAAGCCACGCCCGAACCGCAGGAAGAUCUCAGGGUCGCCUGUUUCUGUAGUCUGGUCACCUAAGCCACAGCCGUUCCAUUCCGUUCUUCCUGGCCUGCGAUGGUGAGAGCGUGUGCGUUGGGGGCGGGAACUGCCUGGUUCAGGUGGCGGUGGGUUCUUCACCCUUCCUGACCCUGGGGAGCCCCUGUUCUCAGGUCAGAGCAGAGGAUCAGGGAAGCUUCUGCAGGGACACCUGGCCAGUGUGGUCAGUAGCACACUUAAGCAGUGAGUGGAGAGUCAGCCAGAAAGAGCACGAUGCUCUGGAGUUGGGUUCCACCUGCAGCCUGACCUUUUGUCCCUGAGGCAGUGGCACGGUGCCGAGAGUCAGACACUCAGUAGCACGUUUCCCAAAAUCCAGGGUCUCGCCAUUCCGUUUGUUCUGGCUGUACCUGGGCUGUCGGCCCUGAGCUGUGCUGGAGCCGAGCGCCCUCACCCAGGGGGGUUGGCAGGCUGCCCGUCUGUCCACCCACGCCUCAGGAUAUCUGAGGGAGCACGGGUGGUGUCUUCAUGGCCCCACGACCUUCUGAUUUUUUUGGCCCAGCUCAGCCGAGGUGAUGGAGAUGGCCAGGCGGGUCGUGGCCAGCUGCAGCUGGUGUGCAGACUGCCACUACGAGGGGGCCCUGUGGCGCAGGCUCCCUGAAGCAGGUGCCGCCGAGGCUCGGGUUCUGUCCUGCCGGGGCACCUGGCCUGCACGGAGGUGGCAGCACCUUUCCCGCGUGUCUGGAGGGAGGCUGCUUUCUGAGAAAUUUCGUUACUAUUUUUCUAUUUUUAGUACUGAUGAUGUCACUGAGCACCACAUGGUACUUCUGUGCUUGCUGCAUCUCGAAUAAAGACGCUUGCCCUGC